GAACUAACUCAGAACUACCGUCUUCGACCUGGAACGCAGAUUUUACGCGGAUUUUACUUGAACACAUGAAGCAGCGUUAGUUUCUAUACCAGAAAGUGUAUGGAUCUCUGCCUUAACAUCAAACCGACAGCCUCACACGGUGGAUUGCGCGUUUGUAUUGAGAUGCCAAAAACUUGUAUCCCCUCCUCAAUGACGCACAGCGUAACAAUGCAGUUCUGGCAAAGGUACGUGAUGGUCUUCGUACUUCUUUCCUCUGUUCGCCUCAUCCCUGCUUCAGUGACACAUUACACUAUCCCGGAGGAGAUGACAGUGGGAUCUGUUGUGUUUAACCUCGCUACAGAUUUGGGCCUGGAAGUGAAAACCCUGAGUAAUAGAAAAAUGCGCAUUGACCUGAUCGCCAACAAAAAAUACCUUGAGCUGAACAAAGACACGGGCGAGCUAUUCGUUGCGGAAAGAAUUGACAGAGAGACACUUUGUCCGAAAAUGUCAUCUUGUUUCUUAAAAAUGGAAGUCAUACUUGAAAAUCCAGUACGAAUAUUUAACAUAGACAUUGAGAUUUUGGACAUUAAUGACAACGCCCCGCAGUUCCGACGUGAUGUAAUACAUCUGGACAUAUCCGAGUCUACGCCUAUUGGGGAAAGAUUUUCUCUGAGUAACGCAGUGGAUCCAGAUGUGGGGAUAAAUACAGUAAAAACGUACCAUCUGAGCGAGAGUGAACACUUUACUUUAGAGGUUCGAACAAGCAGAGAUGGAUCAAAACUUGCAGAUUUGAUUUUAGCAAAAGCUUUGGACCGCGAGCGCCAGGCCAUGUUUAAUUUAAUUCUGACAGCUGUAGACGGUGGGACACCUGCUGGGUCUGGAACAGCAAGCGUGAUGGUUCAGGUACUAGACACAAAUGACAAUGCUCCCGUGUUUGACAAAGGGGUAUAUACCGUUAGAACACUGGAAAAUUCCCCCGUAGGCAGCCUUGUUAUUAACCUUAAUGCAACUGAUUUGGACGAGGGAUCAAAUUCAGAUAUAACCUAUUCUUACAGCCUUUAUACAUCAGAAAAAGCACAAGAGACGUUUAAUCUUAAUGCUAAAUCUGGUGAGAUUACAGUAAAAGGCGUGUUAAAUUAUGAAGAUUAUAAAAUCUAUGACAUGGAGAUUAUUGCCACUGAUAAAGGAGUCAACAGUUUAUCAGGACAAUGCACAGUAAAAGUUAUUGUUGAAGACAUGAAUGACAACCACCCAGAAAUAUCUAUUAAGUCUUUUCAGAGCCCUGUCGGUGAGGACAUAGAGGUGGACACAGUGAUAGCUGUGGUCAGUGUCAGUGAUAAAGACUCAGGAGACAAUGGCGAGGUAGAUCUCCACAUUCCUCGUCAUAUGCCUUUUAAACUGCGUCAGUCUUCUGAUAACUAUUAUGAACUGGUGGUGUCUGAGCCUUUAGACCGGGAGAAAGUCCCUGAGUACGACAUCACGUUCACUGUCACAGACAGAGGCUCUCCUCCAUUAUCUGACAAUGAGACUAUGACUUUAGAGCUGCUGGACGUGAACGACAAUGUGCCACAGUUCCCUCAGUCCUUUUACACUAUACGCGUCCCAGAGAAUAACGCACCAGGAGCCCUGCUCGGCUCACUCACGGCCUUUGACCCUGACCUCCAUGAAAACCAGUAUCUAGUUUACUUCAUCCUGGAGAAGGAGAUAGCCAACACCUCCAUCUCCAUGCUGUUCUCCAUCAACCCAGAGAACGGAAACUUGUAUGCGCUCAAGACAUUUGACUAUGAGAUAGAGAAGGAGUUUCUGUUCCACAUCGAGGCCAGAGACUCGGGCUCUCCUCCUCUGAGCACUAACGUGACUGUGCACAUCAUUAUUAUGGACCAAAACGACAACGCUCCGGUCAUCGUGUCCCCGUGGCGGACACACGGCUCAGUGGUGGAGGAGAAGAUCCCCAGGUCCACUGAUAAAGGCUCGCUGGUGGCCAAAGUGAUAGCUCUGGACACUGACUCUGUGCACAACUCUCGCAUCACCUACCAGUUUCUACAGGUCACUGACGUCACGCUGUUCAGUCUGGACCAGUUCAACGGAGAGAUCCGCACCAUGAGAAUGUUCAGCUACAGAGACCCGCGCCACCAGCAGCUGGUGGUGGUUGCCAAGGACAACGGGCAGCCCUCCCUGUCGGCCACAGUGACCAUCAAACUGUCCACAGUGGAGACGGCUGUGAAGCACUACUCUGACAUGACGGAGGUGCCUCUGGAGUAUGACAUCUUCUCACACCUGAACCUGUAUCUGGUGAUUGGUUUGGGCUCAGUCUCCUUCCUCCUGCUCAUCACCAUACUGGUCACCAUCGUGCUCAAGUGUCAGAAACCCAAAUCCAGCAGCAAAGCUCCUCCUCCCUGCAGGAACAGCGUGAUCAGUGAGAGGAACUCCACCAUCGCAGACUCCACUCUGGUGUCCAAUGAUGCCUACUGGUACAGCCUGUUUCUGGCAGAGACCAGGAAAGGAAAGCUGGUGGUGAGACAGCCUGUGCCCAAAGGCUCCAGAUACAUAGUGUCCAGUAUACCACGAGGCACAGGAGUGACAGACACCAGCGGCUCUGCACCCUCCACUCUGCAGUAUCCAAAGUGAGGAAGACCCAGUCGACAAAUGGAGGGGUCUGUCAGCAGCACCAGCAGUGCCAAAUAAGGCCAAGUCCCUUCCUGGUGACCAUCGGUUUCAUGGACGGCUUUGUUGAGGGAAAAAUAUUUUGUCCACUAUGUAUAUUAAUCAUGCAAAACAUCAACUGUUAUUAUUGCUGCCAUUUGAGGACAUCAACCCUGCUUUUCCUGAGUAAGCACAUGCAGUGUCAAUCAAAAACCUCUACUGUCCAUACAUGCAUGAAAUGACUGCAUGGCUUCACUGUUUCAAGAAGACCAAAUUGUUAAGACUGAAGUGUUUUUGAAGAAGCCAAAUUGGAUGGAAAGAUGUUGAAUUAAAACCAGAUGCCUUUUCAAAAAAAUAAUUGGAACCUUAAAUCUUCUGGCUUGAAAUAAAUGAUGUACAUUAAAGGGUCUAAAAUGUGAGAAAGCACAAGAACAUAUUGAAAGCACUGGUUUACUAGUAAAGUAUGGAAAAGUUGUGACUAUUCUGUACUAUGUAUUAGCUUUAGUACAUAUCUUAUUACAUAUUCAUAGUAUUACAAAAAGGUUGUUUUUUUGUUAUUUUUUGUAAUACUGGCAUGUUAUGCAAAUAUGGUGUAUAAUGAGAGGAUAAGUUAGGCCUUACAAUGAAUACCUACAUACUGGAACAAUAGUGUUUUGUGUAUCUCAUUGGUAUCCAAGCUCCUCCAGCUGUAUCGAAAACAUUGAGGUGCUACCAUGCUUGAGAAACAUAAUUUAACUGGUCUAACCAUUUUUGUCUUAUACAGGAUUUUUGUUUUUGUUUUUAUUUGUUUGCAAAUAAUUCCAAGUGAGUGACCUUUAAAAUUUGUAACAAUCUAGUCAUGACUGAUUUUAACUGGAACAACUUGUCUUCUUCUAUCUGCUGUGUGAACCAUAAUAAUAUGGUGCCAUGUUACACAGAUAGAUAAUGAGUUAUGUAAUGUAAUUGCCUUUUCAAAUGUGACAUGUGCCAUCAACUUUAAUGAUGAUCCUGUUGCUAUUACACAGUGGCCGUGUUUGAAUAUAUCCCUCGUUUGAAACAUUAUUGCAGGCAAAAAAGUGCUCUUGUACAGUGAUAUUUGAUGGUGUGAUGUGUAGUGUAUUUAUUUAUUUUUUUUAUUUGAUGGUGUAUCAUUGUCAGUGUGAUCAUUUAAUAAUGAUAAUAAAAUGUUUGCCUCAUUCUAGUUAAUAUAUGUUCUUAGGCAUUGAGUUACUAAUAAGAUCACAGUCAUAUGACAAGUAUAUUCAUUUUCUUGUAAAACUAAAACAUUUCUUUAGUGUGUUUAACUAAUUUUAAGUGAAAAGGUGUAAAAAUAAAAUGCAUAUUAUGGGAGUAUUGGGUUUGUCUCCCAGUUUAACUUAUAUUUAUGGCUUUCAGGCAAAGUAUUCCUUCCUGAGUUGAAAAUGAUGUGGUAUUGUGACAGUCCUCCUUUGUUAUGGGACUUGAUAAAUUCAAAUCAAAAUAAAUCUUCUGAAUGGGGAAAGGUCCUGACAAAAUUCCUUCAAAUAUGGAUGGAAUAAUUUUCCUGUAAACUAUGAAGUGGAACAAAGGAAGCAACUCAGUCAAGAACUGGACAUUUGACCCAAAAGGAUGAUUUUACAUUCAUUUAUUAUAUAUAUAAAAAAAAAAGUCAUGCAUUCAAUAUGGAUACUACUCAGUUCCCUUUUUGUUUAUAG